CGAACAGAGGGAUGAGGACCUUCCUGACAUACAGGGAUUCCCUUUCUAUCCAGAUCCACCAGCAAGGAUUCCCUCUGGCUUAUUUUCAGGAACAGAUGAGCUUGAGGUUCCAGAGGAUUCCUCCAGCGGAGUUUCCAUCUCUGCAUCAAACUGAUCCGAGUUGCUCUUUUCCCCAGAAACAGCUGAUUGUUUGGUAGAAGAUAAACUACAGACGUCAAAGGCCACGGAUGGAUGAAGUCAUUGAACCCGGGCAUGUUUACUCAACCUGAACUAGCCAAUCAGAGGUGAAGAGACCCACUGCCUCCUCCUCCUCCUCAUCCACGUCUCCUUUAGGUUUCUGAAACCCAACAAUGCACACCAAGGGAAACUGCUGUUGCUCUUUUGAAGACUACAAGCUGACCACCGAGUGGCUGAUGAAGCAGACCAGUCAUCGUCCGAAGGUGGCAGUAAUCUGUGGAUCAGGACUGGGCCUGCUGGCGGAUGGCGCCUCCAACAAACAAACCUUCAGGUACCAGGACAUCCCCAACUUCCCCAUCAGCACAGUUCCAGGUCAUGAAGGCUGUCUGGUGUUUGGGACAGUUGAGGAACGGUCUUGUGUCUUCAUGAAGGGUCACUUCCACCUGUAUGAAGGUUACACCCUUUGUCAGGUGACAUUUCCUGUGAGGAUCUUCAAGCUGAUGGGGGUGGAGUUGGUGCUGGUCACAAAUGCCUCUGGAGGAAUCUGCCCCGACUUUAAGGUUGGAGACAUCAUGAUCAUCAAAGAUCACAUCAAUCUCCCAGGUUUUGCUGGACAGCAUCCACUCUGUGGCCCCAAUGACGAGCGGUUUGGGAUCCGGUUCCCCUGCAUGUCGGACGCCUACAGCAAAGACAUGAGAAGUGUGGUGGUCGACAUCGGCACCGAGCUCGGCUGCAGCGACUUCAUCAGAGAGGGCGUCUACUGCAUGGUGAGCGGCCCCAACUUUGAGACCAUCGCUGAGGCCCGGAUGCUGUGGAUUCUAGGCUGUGACUCUGUGGGUAUGAGUAUGGUUCCGGAGGUGACCGUAGCCAAACACUGUGGGCUGCAAGUGGUGGCCCUGUCUCUCAUCACUAAUAAGGUGUCCCUGGACUACAGUCGGGAGGAGAAAGUCAACCAUGAGGAGGUCCUGGAGAUCUGCAAGAUGAGAGCAGAGCUCCUGCAGAAACUGGUCACCUCGCUGAUCAGUCGCUUCAACCAGCAGCAGAUUAUCAACACAAACUAGAUCAACAUGGACUCACAAAAGCUGAUUUCAACACAAACGUGUCAGACUGGAACUUCCAUCCUAAAGUUCUUGUUCAGAUG